ACAUGAUAAUAUUGUAUAUACUAUGUUUUGCAUGUUCCAAAUUUCCAAUAAUUACCAGCUAUUUGGGGCCAACUGAUGAAGGUAAGCUAGUAUAAAUUGCAGAAGAGGCCUUUUGAUCUGAAUUGUUCCUGGGACAGCUUUAGAAAGAGAACAUGUUAUCUGCUGCUGCCAUAUAUAGGACCAGCUCAGCUUGGAAGCUGCUAUCUCUUCUACCACAUCCUUCUAGGGGACAUUAUCAGUAUAUUUCUUUUAGGGCUUCUAUGCAUUUUCUGUUCUACGCUGAAACUUUUAGGUGGUCUUACUUGCUGUACCUCUGUGGAGUUGUAACAAAGUAAGUUAAAGUCUUCUAUUGUAAAAAAGGAGGUUUGCGAUUUUCAACUUGGUCAUAAUUGACUAAAGCAUGUCAAAUUGAAAUGCCUUUGCUAAAUGUAUAUUAUGGUUAAUAACAAUAACUAUUGUGUGAAUUGUGUGUAUUUAUUUAUUUAUUUAUUUAUUUAUUUAUUUAUCAAUUAAACUGAAUGGGUUUUUAAUUGUUAACAAAGACAUGACAGAACUACCUGUAGUCACGCAGCCUGGUCUUGGUGUCACCACGACAACUGUGACCACCAUCACUCAGACUGGGGGAGAUUGGAGUACGGGCCUCUUUGACUUCUGCAGUGACAAGACUGUCUGUCUUGUCGGUACCAUGUGUCCUGCCUGUUUAGAACUGAACCUCUCUCAUCAGUAUGGGGAGUGCUUGUGUCUGCCGCUGCUCCCUGGAUCUACGUUUGCACUGCGUGUUGGCAUUCGAGAAAAAUACAAAAUACGGGGAAGCGUCUGUGAAGACUGGACAGCAGUUUACUGCUGUUGGCCUUUUGCUGUUUGUCAGAUGGUACGAGAACUAAAAACAAGAAUUAAAUCCCAGAUCUUCCAAGUAUCAACUGCUAUUGAAAGCUCUUAAAUGUUCUCUGCUUGAACAUCCCACCCAAAUCAAAUGACAGAAUAUGUGCUGAUCUUGCCUUGUGUGUUCGAUCAGAUUUUUUGUUUGACCUUUUCUGAAUAUCAGUUGAGUCUGUGCAUAAAUAUGCCAGUAGAACGAAUAAAGAAAACAGCAACA